AUGGCAGCAGAAAAGAAGCAGCAAAUCACGUUUGAGGACUACCUCGGGGUGACAGAGGCCGCCUUUGAGUGGGCGGACAGCUACGAUUCCAAGGACUGGGACCGCCUCCGGAAGUGCAUUGCUCCUACCCUCCGGAUUGACUACCGCUCGUUCCUCGACAAACUCUGGGAGGCCAUGCCGGCCGAGGAAUUCAUCGCCAUGAUCUCGGACAAAUCCGUGCUGGGCAACCCGCUACUACGCACGCAGCACUUCAUCGGAGGCGCCAGCAAGUGGGAGAAGGUCUCGGACACAGAAAUUGUAGGCUAUCACCAGCUGCGCGUGCCACACCAAGUCUACACCGAUGCCAGCCUGCAGAACGUCGAGGUCAAGGGUCACGCUCAUUCCCACAACACCCACUACUACCGCAAGGUCGGCGGCGUGUGGAAGUUCGCUGGGCUCAACCCCAACAUCCGCUGGUUCGAGUACGAUUUCGACAAGGUGUUUGCCAGCGGCCGUGACAGCUUUGGCGAGCUUAAUUAG